UGUACCUAAAUAUUCAGUUAGUUGUGCUGUAUGAUGGUUUUUUUUGGUCAGAUUAUGAAGAUUGUGUUUCGUCGAAUAGUCGAACGAAUCGAAUGGCUCUUUGUCAAGUGGCUUUAUGGGGUGCAUUACUCUGUGAUGGGGUGUCACCACUCAUCGAUAUUAGCCACUUUACACAGCGGGUUGUGGGGGCUCUUUCCUAGUCUAUAUUGCCGCUCGAAUCGUCGUCAAAUCAGUCUAGUCCACCACGAUCUAUUGCGAGUAUCUUCGCGUCACGUUCACGUAUUUUAUAUUAUUUGGAUUUGUUUUUUUUUUUUUCGUGAAGAAAUAUUGGAUCUAUGUUUUUUAUUAUGAUAAUCGUCGAGACGAGUCUAAAUAUUUCAUGUACCUACUACACCGUAGCCCUUUUUUUACGUUACAAUGGUCGCGGUCACAACCACAACAACAAUAACAAGCACUAUCAACAUGAUAUCACAGAUUAUAUGAUAUCUUAGAACUUAGGUAAUAAUAUCUUUUGUAAUUAAUUGUAUGGGCCGUGGGACGAACGAUGGCAAUGGAAGUCGAUUGGCCCGGUAAUAGCUAUGAAUACGCGACAUUAGCGUGUCGGUGUUCGACAGGUGAUAGGGUUGUAACCACGACGGUAAACUUGAAAGUUGCGUUUUCGGAUGUCGGCCCGAUCGUGUUGUUGGCGAGUGUCAUCGUGGUAGCUGACGUAACAAGUGGUGGCGUCAGAGUGUAUGAAGGAUGCGUGUCCCGAGACCAGGCGGCCACCAUGAGCAGGAGUAAGAUCUCCGACAACGACGAAAGUAUUCGUGUCUGGUUGCAAGAUGCAAGGACCGCUUUGAUCGGACAAAGCGACAGCGACAAAAAACCAUUGAUUGAAUAUGCCUACUACUUGGAGGAACUGCCUAAAAGCGAAGAUGACGGCAACGUUGGUCGACUGCAGCUAUUCUCGUGGAAAAUGAAACUACAACCUGUAGGCCAGGUGAAACUCGGUGCCGUAAAUCUCACCGAAGUGAUGGCGUCAACGUCGGAGCAACUGAACCAACGAUUCGUUGAGCCACUCAUCAGCCGGCUGUCAUCCCAGCAGAGGGACCGCAACCAGUCGAACCGUUUGGCAACUGAAAACACGGUGAAGUUGUUGGACGACAAUCGGCGGCUGUUGGACGAUUUGAGAUCCAUAACCGAAAGUCAAAAGCGAUAUGACCAGAAACUCAUGGCUAAGUUUGUAAAGAUAUUGAACGAAAAAAAAAAGAGACUUGCUGCUGUGGAACAAGAGUUGUCUGAACUCAAACACCGUGAUGAUGGAUCACUGUCAAUAGCUGUCGAGUCAAUGGUAGAAAAGUCAGUGACUAUGACGUCAGUUGACCAAUUGAGAGGACGUAGUGUGAAGAAAACUAAAUUAAACAAUGAUGAAGUUCCGAUUAAAAAGAAACAACGUACGACUUAUAAUGAUAAAACUAAACAGAGUUCUUUUUUCUCUGACAAUUUGGAACAGAAGAAUCAAGCAGAUUCCAUGGACGUAAUUGGACUGCGACUUAAGCUUGAUGACCAGCAACAUAAAUUUGGACUGAUGGAAAUGGACAAUUUAAGUAAAACAGACGACUCAAAUCUCACUGUGAAUAAUAUGGGGAACAUGAAGGCUGUAGUUGAGGUUUCCCCUACAACUGUUAGUAUUCCAAUUGACUAUGAUGUUUUUGCCGCUGAUACACAAAUUGACAAUAUUAUGUCAGACGGAUCACCACCAUGGUUACAGAAUUCAAUUCCUCCAUUACCAGUAUCACACAAAGAUGACAACCACCAACAAUCCAAAAAGAAUGUGAUCGAUUCCCUUUGGGCAGGAUUACUUUGACUGUGCAGUUUAAAUUCAAUAAGUAUAAUACUAUAAUAUUAAUGUCAUUAUUUUUAGACUACAUAUAUUGUCGUUGAAUUAUUCUUAAAUAAAAUAGGUACCUAGAUAGUACCCAUUUAAUUGUUAAGUUUUUAAAUGUUACAAAUAUUUAUGGUGAAAUAUUUUUUGAUGUUAUAUUUAUUAUUUGAUUGUGAAUUUUUAUUUUAGCUAUUUUUUUUUAUUGUUUUAAACAAAAUUUAACCCCCUCUAAUAUUAAUAUUUUCCCACUACAUAUAUUGUCUUUUUUUUAUUCUUAGAUAAAGUAUCUAAU